AUGUACCGCUUGGCAAUUAGGAUAUGGUUGGCGGUAGUGAUUGUACUAUUCGGGAUCGCCUCGGCCAGUUUCACGGACGGCACCUGUAGAGGCAGAAUGGGCAAUCGUGAGAUCUACAAGAAAGUUGAUCGAGUUUGUGAGGAUUGUGCUAAUAUCUUUCGAUUACCAGGGUUGGAAGGCUUGUGUAGAGAUCGGUGCUUCUACAACGAAUGGUUUCUGCUUUGUCUGAAGGCUGCCAACAGGGAGGACGAGAUCGAAAAUUUCAGAGUGUGGAUAAGUAUUCUGAACGCCUGA